AUGAAUGAAAAAGAUCGAAGAAUGAUUGAUGCUUCAAGUGGUGGUGACAUCUUCAACAAGAAACCUCACGAGAUAUGCUCACCUUUUGGUACCAUUUCUCAAAAUCAACGAAACUUUGGGACUCGAAAUAAAAUAAAGAGAAAUUCCCCACAAGUGGUUGGUGAAGUUAGCAACACUCAACACUUGGAAUCAAGGCUCUUGGACUUAACUAAUGUGUUAAGUCAAAUGGUGGUGGGAAGUGGUCAACAAUUGAUGGUGUGUGGUAUUUGCACAAUGACAGGGCAUUAUACGAAUAAAUGUCCCACACUUGGAAGUGAAUCGGAGGAUUUUAAUGCCAUGAGAGGAUAUCAAGGUCAACAAAGACCAAUGGGAUUUCAAAACACCUACAACCCAAAUUGGAGGAAUAACCCAAACAACCCAUACCCACCAAAGAAAAACCCACCAAUUGUUAUGAUGAGACACCAAUAUCCACAAUACCCAUCACAAAAACCUCCAUAUCCACAAACAUCUCAUCCACCUCCAAAUUACAACCAACCUCAUCAACAAGGCCAAUCAAGUGGUAAACAAGAACUCGUUACUUCUCUUGCUCAAAGCCAAACUCAAUUCCAACAAGAGACCAAGAACACCUUCCCCAACAUUCAAGCACAAAUUGAAGACUUGGCCACUUCUCUCAACAAGAUGGAACAAAGGGGUAAACAUCUACCUCAAACCCAGAAGACCCCCAAUAUGAGUGCAAUAACCUUGAGAAGUGGGAAAACACUUGGAGAAAACAACCCUAAAAGAGUUUCAAGAGAAGAAGAAGAUGAAGUUAUUGUUAUUGAGCCUAAAAAGGUUGUAGUUCCUCCAAAGGAACCGAUUGUGACAAAUAUUGAGCAACCCGAAUCUUCCAACAAGACCAUUAAGCCAUUGGUCAUAUCACCACCCUUCCCUUCGCGGUUAGCGUUUUCCAAGAAGAUAGAGGAAGAAAAUGAAUUAUUUGAAACUUUCCACAAGGUCCAAAUCAACAUUCCACUAUUGAAUGCUAUUAAGCAAAUUCCAAUUUAUGCAAAAUUUCUCAAGGAUUUGUGCACCAAGAAGAGGAAAUUCAAGGAAAAUGAAAAGAUUUAA